UUGGUGGAGCAACAGCCGGGAGCGUUUCAACCGCCUGCCGGGACUCCUUGAAACACUACCUGGCGAGGAAAAAGUCAAGAAAGAAGGAGGCGCCUUGCUUUUUUAUUUGCGCCUGGAUAAAAUAAAUCAAGGGUAAUGUUGUGGGACGGGAGCAGAGCCGUAGACACAGCCUGUUGUUGGACUCCUUCACGUUUUUUGAAUCGGAGCGGCUAACAUGGAUGAGUUGAAGAGGAGCUGAGAAGCUCCCCCGCUGCUUUUAGAGAGUGAGGAUUUGGCUGCAGCUCGGCGGCUCUCUCUCUCGCACACACGCGCACUCAGACCCGGACCGGAGCUGGAGCCAUGAGCAGGGCGCUCACGGAGCACCUCAGCAGCACCACAAGCUUCCGAGAAGAUGCUCCCCGUCCUCCGGUGCCGGGGGAGGAGGGAGAGGCGUCAUGCUACACCCCGGCCAGAUCUGGCAAAAUGAGAGCCCAGAGCAAGGUUAAAGAGCCCCCGGCCGCCAGCUCCACGCGGAGGAACGAGGAUGGACUCGGGGAGCCAGAGGGCAGCGCGUCCCCGGACUCCCCUUUAGCCCGGUGGACCAAGUCUCUGCAUUUCCUCCUGGGCGACCAGGACGGCGCUCACCUGUUCAGGACCUUCCUGGAGCGGGAGAACUGCGUGGACACGUUGGACUUUUGGUUCGCCUGCAACGGCUUCCGGCAGAUGGACCUAAAGGACGCCAAAACGCUGCGAGUUGCCAAAGUGAUCUUCAGGCGGUACGUGGAGAACAACAGCGUGGUGGCCAAGCAGCUGAAGCCGGCCACCAAGACCUUCCUGCGGGAUGGCAUCAAGAAGCAGCAGAUAGACUCGGACAUGUUUGACCAGGCGCAGACGGAGAUCCAGUCCCACAUGGAGGAGAACUCCUACCAGAUGUUCCUCACCUCUGACAUUUACCUCGAAUAUGUGCGCACGGGCUGCGAGAACGCCGCCUACAUGAACCACGGCGCGCUGGGCAGCCUGAAGCUCAUGUGCGGAUACCUUCCUCCUCUUAUGGAGGAAGAGGAGUGGAGCUGUACCGACCUGAAGACCAAGGGGUUAGGGUCUGUGGUCGGACUGUCUGCAAAGAACCUGAGGGCUUCUGCGACCAUCCGGACCGCAGCUGAGGUGCUGGAAAAGAGCUGCAGGUCUCACCGUCGAGGCGACCCCGUCAACCCGUACUUCGUCAACUCUGGCUACAUCUUUGCCCCCGCCACCAGUGCCAAUGACAGCGAGAUCUCCAGCGAUGCCACGACGGACGACUCCAUGUCGAUGACCGACAGCAGCGUAGAUGGAGUUCCUCCCUACAAGCUGGGCACCAAGAAGCAGCUCCACAGGGAGAUGCACCGCAGCGUUAAGAUCAACGGCCAGGUCACGUUACCCCACUUCCCCAGGACACACCGGCUGCCUAAGGAGAUGAUCCCGGUGGAGCCCUCAGCCUUUGCUGCUCAGCUCAUUGCCAGACUGGAGAAGCUGAAGCGAGAGCAGGACACGAUGAGCUCCCUGGAGGAGAGGCUGCAGCAGAUCCAGGAGGAGGAUGAAAGGGAGGAGAGCGCUGACCUCGCGCUCCACCACCCUCUGCUUCCAUCUUCCAGUCAGUGUGAGGAGGACCCGCAGGCUAUCUUGGACGAGCACCUUUCUCGUGUGCUGAAGACGCCCGGCUGCCAGUCGCCAGGCGUGGUUCGGCACUCACCCCGUUCUCGCUCCCCGGAGCGAACAGGUGCCUUUUUGUCUUCCGGCUCCUUGUUCGACGCUUAUCACGGGGCCUCCAAGGUUCUGAUGGCAAGCAGGCAGUCCACAAAGCACAUCCACCACCACUACAUCCACCACCACCAUGCUGGGCCAAAGACCAAGGAGCAAAUCGAAACCGAGGCAGCUCAGCGUGUGCAGUGCCUCUGCCCCCAAGGGGGCGCCAAUUAUUCCAACUUCACACCUGCUCACUGCAGCACUUUGUCUCGACGGCCGGUCAAGGCCUGUGAUGAGGACACGUCUUCAUCGUGCCUUCCCCAAGUUUCCACCGACCGCUCUCAGAAUGUUUGGCAGUGGAUCUUAGAGAGUGAGAGGCAGGGAAAGCACAAGCCACACAGCGCUCAAGGUCUAAAGAAGUUCAGCCCGCUUGACUCCAAGAUUCUGCCUGCUCGAACCAACUCCUCCUGGGGUGGAGGUGGCAUCUGCAACGGCGCUCACCUCCGUGGCCAUCACCCAGGCCACCCUUUCAUCCAGGAUCCAGCCAUGCCACCCUUACCCCCGCCCAACACCCUGGCCCAGCUGGAGGAGGCGUGUCGCAGACUAGAAGAGGUCUCUAAGCCGCCAAAACAAAAGCACUCAACAGCAGUAAGCAGCCUUCAAAGGGACAGGAGCCAUCUAGGUGCUGGAGUCACCGGUGGCAGCGCUCUGACCAACUCUGACGAGUCUAAGGAGCUGGUGGUCACCUACUUCUUCUGUGGAGAGGAAAUCCCUUAUCGCAGCAUGAUGAAGACCCACUGCCUCACCCUGGGUCACUUCAAGGAACAGCUCAGCAAAAAAGGCAACUACCGGUACUACUUCAAGAAGGCGAGCGAUGAGUUCGAGUGCGGCGCGGUGUUCGAGGAGGUGUUGGAGGACGCCGCGGUGCUGCCCAUGUACGAGGGCAAGGUCCUGGGCAAGGUGGAGAGGAUGGACUAAAGAGCACAAACAACCUCCCCCCACCCCCAAACAAAAGCUAAACGUUUCCUAAAAACUUGAGCGACGGACUCGGUGUUAAAAACACUCUGGACUUUUUUAUUUUUUAAUCUUAUUUCUUAUUGUUAAGCUAAACAGAGUUAAUAUAUCCAGCACAAGAGGAGUGAUUGAAGGAAGACGAGCCAGUGAAGUAUGCCGAACUCAGAGGAGGUGCCCCCCCCUCCCCCCACUGACUCCCUAAACCGAUCAGCCUUAGAACCAGGGGGGGAGACCCCGACUCGUCCAAACGAUAACCACUGAGGAUGUAGAUGAUUGUUGUGACGUGACGGCGGCGCGAUGGUGCAGCGGGGGCGAACCUCAACAUUACACGCCGACAUCAUUACAUACGUGUGCAUAUACAUACAUGCAUAUAUGUAUAUAUACAUGUAUUAUAUAGAGUUUAAAGUUUUUAUUUAGUAUUUAUUGAAACAAACCCUCUUCCCUCCUCCCAUCCUGUCUUCUUAAACCUGUGACCCGCCCCACUUCCUGUUUCCAGCCAAUGGGCACGCUGCUUUGAAUGUUGGGAGAAAACUGUGGGGGAACUGUUUUUAUUUUUAUUGUUUUUUUGUUAAAACACUCUCCUAACUCGUCCUGUAGCCUUGCUGCCACGUCUGGCCCAAACUAAUGUUUCUGGUGUGGGUUCUGCCCAAAACUCCUUUAUUUUAAUGGUCAGGCCCGGUUCUAUAUGCUGCUGGUAGUUUGUUACAUUUGUCCCACCAGGAUCCCCCCCGCCAUCAUUGUCUCCCGCCCCCUUUUCCUCCGAGUUCAACCGUGCCUUUGUUUGUAAACCAGGCAUUGCACAGGGACGGGAUGGGGCGGGGGACAACUGCAGAUUCACACAGAAAACAGCCCUGCUAAUAAUGGCAGUGUUUACAGCCCACACACCAAAACUAACAAGAAUCCGAGAGUGACUUCCUGAUGAAGUGUGAGGGGGAGAAAAGCAAAAACGUGAAGAAUUACGGCUCCAGUUCCUUUUGAAUGUUACAGUAACACCGUAUUUACCGGAGCUCCUGCAUAUUUUUGUAAUUAUGCAAUCUGAAGUAUGAAUACUGACACAUGUGAUGCACACACUUGCUGGUGUUUUCUGAGUUCAGCACCUGUGCCUACAUGGAUGCCAUACCAUGUGCCACCCUGUUUCAGGGUUUAAUUAUAUAUCCCUUGGUUUUCAGAAGGGUUUUAUGUUGAAAAGAUAUUUUUGUGCUUUUAAUAAUGUCCUGUAAUCAUGUUUUUUUGUUUGUUUGUUUGUUUUGUUUUUACACCAUGGCCUUUUCGUUUGUUUUUGUUUAUUCUAUCUAAACUGUAAAUUAUACAUUCUAUACAGAGUUUCAUUUAAAGAUUUACAUGGAGCUAUAAUUAUUGUAAUUAUUGAGAGAUGUAGCCUUUAUUAAAGUUUUAUAUUUUUCAAAUGAAA